GAGGACUGAGAACCGCAACAAUGCCCAGAUCAUUCUUGGUCAAGAGUAAGAAAGCUCACAGCUACCACCAGCCCAGAUCUACGGAUGGAGAUGACUACAGCCUGCAGCAGGCGACGGUGCUGGCUCAUCUGUGUGCAGGACGGGAUCGGUCACACGACUGGCGAUCUGGCUGCGUCUUAAGUCUAGUUGAAGUGAUACGACUAAAAACAAUGAUUAAUGAAAACGAAUCCCUGCUCAUGUAUUUCAUCUUGAUCAUUGAAGUGAAUAUUCACACAAGUAGUAGUAGUAGUGGUAGUAGAGGGAACAUUUCCCCCGUGCCAUCCCACCUUGGCGAUGCGUCGUCCGAUGUGUCGCCCCCUAGCUCCGAGGGCAGUGUGUGCUGCGACACCACCGCGUCAGAAGUGGACGAUUUAUGGAGACCCCCAUCCCCGUCCUCCUCCCCAGCCUCAGAGAAGUCAGCAUGCCCAUCUCUGGAAGAUUCUCCACCUUUCCCAGCAUCCUUUAAGUCUUAUGCGUGGAGCAACUUGGUUGGCUCUGAGCUACGACAGCUGGUGCAGAACUACAGGCCAUCAGGAAUAGAGAGAAGUUCAUCCUUAGGAUUCUAUGGAGAAAGGGACCCUCCUGCUCAUCCCUCACCUUUGUACAGUUCGGAAAGGGGUGUUCAUGGACUAUAUGGGGACUAUGCACCAGGAGUGGCUCACUAUGGAGAGUCCUGUUCUGCCAAUGCAUUAUACGGAGAGAAGACACAAGGCAUCAAGGUGGAGUCCGACCUGCUGUGUACACGUCUGCUGCUUAACACUGGCUCCUACAAAUGUCUCAAGUGCAGUAAGGUGUUCUCCACACCUCAUGGACUGGAAGUUCACGUACGUAGGUCACACAGUGGGACAAGACCAUUUGCUUGUGAAAUGUGUGGGAAGACGUUUGGCCAUGCUGUCAGCUUAGAGCAACAUAAGGCUGUCCAUUCUCAGGAGAGAAGUUUCGAUUGUAAAAUCUGCGGUAAAAGUUUUAAGAGAUCAUCAACGCUUUCCACGCACCUACUUAUCCACUCGGACACAAGGCCGUACCCCUGCCAGUACUGUGGCAAGCGUUUCCACCAAAAGUCAGACAUGAAGAAACACACGUUCAUACAUACAGGUGAGAAACCUCACAAGUGUCAAGUAUGCGGCAAGGCAUUCAGUCAAAGCUCAAACCUGAUUACUCACAGCCGGAAACACACCGGCUUCAAGCCUUUUGGUUGUGACCUGUGUGGAAAAGGCUUUCAGAGGAAGGUGGAUCUGAGAAGACAUCGUGAAACACAGCAUGGACUCAAAUGAUCAAGAAAUGAAAACGUCCCUGUUCCACACAGGAAACCUUUUGUCAUGCGAGAACACUAGGUGAACUUCAUCAUGAAAUCUGUGGUGUUGACUCAUUGACCACUAACGAGGGUGGAAUAUGCAGAAAUCUCAGUUUGGAGAUUGUUCAUUCAGUUUACCAUCAGCAACCUUACUUUCUGAAGAAGCAGGUCUUCUAUAGCUACGACCAGCAGGAAACACAAAG